AUGGCCAAAGGUAUGUCUGCUGCAGAACCCUCGACUGUCCCUCUGCUCGCACGCGCACUCAACCGCAUCCGCUCUACCCCGCCCAGAGUCAUUGCCUCCCCUCCUACUCAACCACGCCGCGCUGCCGUCGCCCUCAUCAUCCGCGUCGUCCCUUCGCCCCUCGCUCCAGCGCCCCACAACACAGACAAGCCAGCCUCCCUCUCCGACUUUUUCGAUGCAGACUGGGUAAACCACCCCGCUGCCCGUCCAGAGAUCCUCUUUCUCCACCGCGACGAGGCUGCUCCAGCAACAGACGCCUCUCUCUGGCAGGCAAAGCUUCGCCACAACACUACAGAGGCCCAUGUCGCCUUCCCCGGAGGAAGGACUGAACCAGACGACGAGGGAGGUCUCUACACCGCCAUGAGACAAACUUGGGAGGAAAUCGGCAUCGACCUCGCCGAGCCAUGCUACUCGUACAUUGGCCAGCUAGACGACCGCGAAAUAACAACCUCCCUCGGAAAGCGCCUACUCAUGAUUCUCUCUCCCUUCGUCUUUCUCCAGCUCACUCCACACGCGCCUCCGCCAGACCCUGUUCCUUCCACCUCUCUCCACUGGACUCCCCUCGCCUCUCUCGUCUCCAUCCAUUCCCCUCCAAAAUGGAGCUCUGUCACCGUCGACGCUGCCUCUCGCCUCGCCCCUAAGCAUUCCACCAUCCUCCGUUUCCUCGUUCGCGUCUUUAUUGGCAGCAUGCAGUUCCCCGCAAUCAUCAUUCAGCCCUCUACAGACAACUCCUCUCUACCCUCUGACAAAGAAAAGGCUGCCCUCCAAUCCUCUCCCUCUGCAAAACACAAACAGCUCAAGCUGUGGGGUCUCUCCCUCGGCAUGACCCUCGAUCUCAUGUCCUACAUGAUUCUCACCCCCUCCACAUCCAACGCCUCCAACGGCUCCCGCCCCAAUCCCAACCCGACCUCACCCCUCUCUUCCGUUAUGCAGCUUCCGUACCAGCCCGUCGCCGAGGACUUUAGAAUGGAAUACAUCGCGCCCAGCCUCGCCAGCGUCUUCCCCCGGUUCUCAUACCCGGAUGUCAAUUUCUGGAUCUGGGUGUUCGGCAAGCGAUAUCGAGAAGUUGUAAGGGGCUGGGAAGCCAGCGUACGCGAUGGCGGUACAAACGAUCGCAGAGUCAACUGGUCGGGAUCGGCGCUUAAUACGUUUUACGCUGCGAUUCGCAAGGCUCUUGUCGUCGUCAUUGUCGCGCGGGCUUUAGGCGUGCUAUUUGGCGUAUCGUUCGCGCUCUGGUGGAUAUUCAGCUGA